CCCAUCUGCUCCGUACUUUUCCUCGCGGAUGUAUGAGUGUUGAGAGCGGGUCCGGCUCUGCUUCACGGGAGAUCGACAGUUCGAGAGGAGACACGACAGUGAAAGAACAGAACCGAACCGUUCGUGUGAGCGCGAGACACUCGCGGGCGGAACACCGGAGCUAUGGAUGAGCGCGCGCCAGGCAACACAGAUGUCCUGUGGAGUGAUGACCACACCCUCCGUGACCUCUAUCCAACUCUACCAGCUUGACUCGCCUUUGACAUAAAAACUGUAGCACGUUUAACACUAGCACGCCACUGAUUUCUAUUCCAAUUCGCUGGAUUCCUGUCUGUCUACUGGACUUCCUCUCCAUGGCCAGCUUUCUGAGCUCUGUGCUCUUCCUGGUGCUCCAGACCUACGCCGCCCCACCAGAGUACAUCCAGGUGUGGCCCAGCGGGACAACGCCGAGCCCAGGAGAGUUUGACAAUGAGACUGUCACCCCCUCUCUGGUUCCCCCUCCAGGAACGAGCAAGCACACUCCACACAGCAUCAUCAUCGGCGUCCGGAAAGGAGGCACUAGAGCGCUGCUGGAGAUGCUGGAUAUUCAUCCUGAAGUGGCAGCUGCCGCCACCGAGGUUCACUUCUUCGAUUGGGAUGAGAACUACGCCAAAGGCUUUGAGUGGUACCGGGAGCAGAUGCCGUACUCGUACCCUCAUCAGAUCACUGUGGAGAAGACGCCGGGGUACUUCACAUCUCCGUUGGCGCCUGCACGGAUACACGCCAUGAACGCUUCCAUCAAACUCCUGCUGAUCUUGAGGGACCCAACGGAAAGAGUCAUUUCGGACUACACACAGGUCUACUUCAACCGUCUGGAGAACCACAAGCCCGUACAGGCCAUCGAGCACAUGCUGGUAAAGAACGGCGCGUUAAACACUCGCUACAAGGCGAUCCAGCGCAGCCUUUACGACGUCCACAUGAGGAACUGGCUCCAACACUUUCCCCUGGAGCAGAUUCACAUUGUGGAUGGGGACACUCUGAUUCGUGACCCUCUACCGGAGCUCCAGAGGGUCGAACGGUUCCUGGAUCUGCCACCUCGGAUCGUGGCGUCCAACUUCUACUUCAACCAGACCAAAGGCUUCUACUGCAUCCGCAGUGAUGGCCAGGAGAGAUGUCUGCAUGAGUCUAAAGGACGUCCGCACCCUCCUGUCAACCGCAGUGUGCUGCGACAACUGCGCUCGUACUUGCGGCAACACAAUCGGAACUUCUACCGACUUAUAGGACAUAACUUUAACUGGCACUAGUGGAAGGAACCUUUGUCGAACUCGCUUCUCAACCAAUAACAGUCGAGUUCAAGGGCUGAUUGAUAGUGAUGUUGAGGACAAUUACAGAUGGAUGCAUCUUUUCAAGCUAUUCCCUCAUUGACACUUCUCUUAAAUGCUUUCGAGCUGCUCCAGAGUCUUCGGAACUUUAAAUUGUAACAAUUAAGAUGAUGUUAAAACAAUGACUGUGGUGGGAAAGAUCUUUGGCGUCAUUUGUCUUUGUUGUAACAAAGUUACCUGAGACAGAGUGUGACAAAAUGGUUGAACAUUGAAUAUAUUGUUUUCUUUUUCUCUCUGUUCGUUUGAUAUUCUUGUUCUUGAUAAUAAAUGGUUCUGCUUCCAAAAUGAACCCUGAAUAUCUUAUUUUCCUCAAGUCUAAUUUGCUGAAACCUGCUGUUUAGCAUACGUGUUUGUACAGUGCAGCCCAGAAAUCUUAAGGUAAUGUUUGAUGAACAACUAUAUUCCCAUUCCUAAACCUUUCUUAUUUUUACCUUGACUUAAUUAUUAUCAAAGAAGCUGUGAACGCAAUAUCUCCUCUUGAUAAACAAACUGUAACUGAAGUUAAAGGAAUCAUUCAUUCACUUUUAUGUCAUUCCAAACAUGUAUUACUUUUUUCUUCCCCAAAAUGUUCCCCUCCACAGUAGCUGGGUCAAUAACGUGCUCAUUGUUUUGUCUAUUUAAGUUAUUUAAAAAUUUAAUUCAUUUUUAUUCUUUAACCUCCUGAGACCCUGCGUCCACAUGCGUGGACAUUUAUGUUUUGGCUUAGCUAUAUGCAACACGUAAUUUAAUUUCAUUUAAACGGGACUGAUCUCAGUUCAGGAGACUCUGUGCUGUCAGUAAAGGGUUAAACUUUCAACGCAUGUCAUGUGAUCAAACAAUAUGCUGUUGAUCAUAGAGGAGUUUGUCUUUGGGAGAAACACCAACAAAACUACAUCUGGUAAGAAACCUCAUUAUGUUUUUACAUUGAAACCUAUUUGAGUUAAAAGAGCAGAGUUUCUAGUUUCAUCCGAUAUGCCAUUUUUAAAAUUUUAGCGAUUUAUUGUGAAACUCCACUCUGAUAAACACAGUGACCACAUAUGUGGACUGUAUGCUCAGUUUCAGUUCACAUAUCCUAUAUUUACUGUGCAUUAUCACAUUGAGAAUUAAUGGAUGCAUCUAAAAGCUGAAAAUGUUGCUUUCAGAGGCUUUAUAUGGAGUUAGAAUGAAAAUAUGAGUGGUGGUGGUGUAGUGGGCUAAAGCACAUAUCUGGUAAUCAGAAGGUUGCUGGUUCAAUCCCCACAGCCAUCACCAUUGUGUCCUUGAGCAAGGCACUUAACUCCAGGUUGCUCCGGGGGGAUUGUCCCUGUAAUAAGUGCACUGUAAGUUGCUUUGGAUAAAAGUGUCUGCCAAAUGCAUAAAUGUAAAAAUGUAAAUGUAAAUAAGGUGCGUUUCAAACUGUUCUGAGACCAGUGCAGAUAGACAGCACACUGGAGGUUAAGUAAUUCACUAAAUAGGGAGCAAGGGAGCAUCCUAUAGCUCUCUAUGCAGUUAAGUGCAUUCACUCCUAAAAUCUGAUCAAAAGUUCAGUUUCAGGCUGCAGAUGAUGUUUGGAUCACUCAACAUGUUUGACAGACAUGUGACAAUGAUAAUCAGUACAUAGAUUCAGAAUUUAUAAUGUAUCAUUUUAUUUUAACAUGGUUGACAGUGAUGUAAAGUCUGUAACAUCUCAAAAACAUGAAUAAUCAACAAUCCUGGAAACAUCAUAAACAAUUUGAUUAAAAAAAAUCUGACUUUCCAUUGCUUGAUAUUAUUUAAAAUUUCACAACGUAGUCCUGCUGUACACAUAUGUGGACAUACAUUUUUAGGAAAACUAUUUGGUCUGAAUUUUUUUUUUAUUUUUAUUUAUU